CUCCCCUUCAUGUUCUCCAAGAAAAACCUCGUCACUAAUGGACGACGACCGCUCCGCGCAGCAUCUCGAGUAUUAAAUGCCUCGUUCCCCACCGCAUCCUCGGCUUUCGCCAAAUGUUGGGUCCACAGCACGAACAAAACUUCAGCGCUGUUCAAGUCAGUGAGGUCGAAAGGUUUUCACCGUGUCUAUUCCACAAGACCGCCAGACCCCACCAACACUGAACAGCCACUUUACCGCAAGUUGUUGAACGCCUGGAGCGAUACCCCUGUAACCUGGUAUCCUAUACCAAUUGCUGUCGGCGCCCUAGUUCUGGUGGCUAUCCAAUACCGCAAGAAGGCCAGGAAAGAGGUACACGUUGAUGAGGAUGGGAACGAGGUUAUAAGGCUGAAGGGGCCCUGGCAGGUUCAUGUACUUGGUGCCUUACCACUUCGCAACAUGUCUCGACUAUGGGGUUAUGUCAACUCGCUGGAACUACCGGUCUGGUUCCGGCCAUAUGGAUUCCGCCUCUACGCCGUCGCUUUUGGUUGCAACCUUGAUGAAAUAGAGCCAGCAGACUUGAAGUCAUACCCAAGUCUUGGUGCAUUCUUCUAUCGCAAACUGAAAGACGGUGCCCGGCCCGUUGCUGAUGCAAUUCUUGUCAGCCCUGCUGACGGAAAGAUACUGCAUUUUGGGACUAUUCAGGAUUUACGAGUCGAACAGGUCAAGGGCAUCACAUAUUCACUUGAUGCUUUACUCGGCGUUGAACGACCUGGGACACCACCUGCAACCUUUGCACACGUUGACGCAACUAUGCCUGUCGUUGAUGACCAUGAGUUCGCUAACGUCAACGGAAUCGAGUAUAGUUUGGAUCAGCUCAUUGGUACCUCUGGCACAACAACUCCUGUUUCCGAAUCGCCCCCACAGAAAUUCGGAAAGCAGAUUGACGCCUCAGUCGUCACUGAACGCGACUUGCCGGAAACGAUACAACACGACGCAUCGGUUGCAGCAGAGAUGGGCCUGAAACCUUCCCUCACGCGUAGCGCGAGUGGAACCACAGUGAAAUCAGGCCACUCACUAUUCUUCUCCGUCAUCUACUUGGCCCCGGGUGACUAUCACCGUUUCCAUAGUCCAACAGCGUGGGUUGUGGAGAAAAGGCGUCAUUUUGUUGGCGAGUUGUUCUCAGUCUCCCCCUACGUGGCCAAGCGUCUGGAGAACUUAUUCGUGCUAAAUGAGAGGGUGGCGCUCUUGGGCCGAUGGAGGCAUGGCUUUUUUAGCAUGAUCCCGGUUGGCGCCACGAAUGUUGGCAGCAUCAAAGUCAAUUUUGACCAGACACUACGCACAAAUGUUCGUGGAAAGCCGCCGCCGCCUGGAACAUACACAGAAGCGGUCUACUCAGCCGCCUCUACAUUGCUGAAUGGCCAGCCGCUGACGGCUGCACAAGAGAUGGGCGGAUUUUGUCUGGGUAGUACGAUCGUACUAGUCUUCGAGGCGCCGAACGACUUCGAGUUUGCGGUUCACGCUGGACAGAAAGUGCGCGUGGGCCAAAAGCUUGGGGACGUAAAGAAGAGGACUAGAUUAGAUUAG